AGAAGCACAGCGACGCCCGCCGUGACUGUGGGCCGUAUCUGCACUGGAGGAGCCCUUUGUCUAGGAAGGGCCCCAGCGCUCUGCUCAAGGGGUGGGGGCCCAGAGCGCCUGGGAUCCGCCCCUCGGGUCCCUCCCCGACGCAGCCGCAGCCUGCCCGCCCGGCCGGGACUCUCGCACAUCUGGCGAUCCCGAGCACAGCUGGGCAGCCGGCACCGAAGCAUGAACGGCUCACAGGCGGGCAUCGCAGCCCGAGCCGCCUGGCUGAGCUCCUGCUGCAACCAGUCGGGGGUGCAGCCGGAGCCCCCCGAGGGGCCGCGCGCCUUGCAGGCAGCGGUGCUGGGCGUGCUGUCGCUCCUCGUGCUCUGCGGGGUCCUGUUUCUGGGCGGCGGUCUCCUGCUCCGCGCGCAGGGCCUGACGGCGCUGCUGGCCCGAGAGCUGCUCGCGUCCCGGGAGGCCGAGCCCAGCGGCGCCAGCGGAGGCGAAGACGACUCUUAGACGCCUGGCUGCGCUCGGGGGUCGCAGCCUCCAGGCGACCCGCGGACUCCGCGCCUUACUGCGAGGGAGCGGCCCCGGGCGCCCGACGGCUGCGGCGGACAGAGCCCCGGCGCCCCCCCACGCCGCGAUGCUGGCGCGCACGCGCAGGGAAGCUCUGAAUCAAAGAAAGUAAUCCAGGCCAGACCCCUUCUCUUCUGAUGCCAGUGGGCCCUGGGGGACCAGGAAGAAAUGAAGGAUUCUGGACAGAAUAAUGGGGACCUGAUGACCUCUGGAGCAUGACAGGUGCCUUGCAAAUGUGGAAAUGCUCUUCCCGUGAAUCUCAUUCGUCUGAACUUCUUGUCCCUGGGAGAUGUGGAUGUUCCUCUAGGCUGGAGCCACCUGGAAGGGACUGAGAGGACGUCAACCUGCUGAGGCCAGGAAGUCCACUGGGUGAUUUACGGCUCUAGAGGUGGCACAACAAUGGAAAGAAAAAUAAACCAGAGGACACGUGCUGGGAGUGAGAGACCCAACGUUCUGACGGCAGCAGGG